UGACAUUCAUGUUCAUGUUAACCUAAAAAAAGUGGAGUUCUAUUACGUGAUUAUUAUUGAAAAUAAAUACGUAUCAUAAUUGAAACCAAUAACAAUUCAUUACUCCUAAGUGCUUGAAUAAAAUAACAAAUGACCACAAUGAAUAUCGCAUGUAGAUUAUCUGCGCUGCCGUAUCAAAAUAUUCGGAAAACUUUUUUUAGAAAACUAAGAAUAUCGGCAUUUAAUUAUGAUUCUGCGGGCACUACACAACCGAAAGUACAAGAAGAGAAGUUUGACUUUGAAGACAUCAAAACGAUAGAACGCACGGAGCGCAGAAACGCAAAAAUAGAACCUUUCAUGAAAAAUGUAUUCGUAUCACAAUUCAACCGCGAAAUGCUCGAAUACCCGGAAAUUCUUAACAAAGAAGAGAACACAGAACUCGAAAGAAGAUUAUCGAUGUUAGAGAAAGCGUUUUCCAAUCCAGAAAGUACAGUGGAUGACAAAAAAAAUGCAAUGAAAGACGCCAACAUGUAUGCGGCUACCGUCAGUUUAACUAACGGAGGUUUGGCGGCGAAUUAUACAGAACUAUUGCGUUAUUUAGAGCUUAUAGGAAACGAUCUUCAAUUGGGACAGCAAAUAAGUGACCAUUGGGUGGGGUUGAAUAUACUUAAACUGGGUUUAAGCUCAGACGAUUAUAUCAACAUUAUUGACGACUUGAAGACAGGAGAUGAUACAAUUACUUUGUGUAUUAAGGAGAGAAUAUCGGAAAGACUCGCUCAAGCUGACUUUAGAUCAACUGCUGAAUUGGAUGAUAAUGGUGUCUGGCACAUAAACGGUGAGAAGAUAUGCACCAACACAUCAGGAUACCUUCUAACGCUAUGUAUUGUUGAGAACAAUAGAAUUAUGGCGUUCCUCGUCCAUCCCGGAGCGGAGGGAGUCAUCUUUAAGGAAAACUUUGUGACAUUUAAUAAUGUGCAUGCAACACCGCUCCAACAAGCCACAGAUAACCUACUAAGCAAUGUGCUCGGCGCGAACCGCUUGCACACGGCAACACUGUGCAGGAUCAGUUUGUUGCAGGCGAUGAAAUCGUGUUUGGACUAUGUGAAACCUAGGUUCUUUAAUGGCAAACCACUGUCCGAGUUAACCACAAUACGGUCAGUGUUAGGGGAUGCGCUCAUACACACAUACGCGUCAGAGAGUAUGGAGUACUUCACCGCUGGCCUGCUGGACGGGUUCCUGGAGCCGGAUGCUGAACUGGAGAUGGCCAUGUGCAGAAACUUCAUAGCACACCACGCGCAGGGCAUACUGCUAAAUCUGCUCGCCAUACCGGGGGUGGAAAAACAGAGAGAAUGUCUACAGCUAUUGGAGAACAUGAGAUCCCUCUCGUUCAGAGGGGAGACUGUGGACGAUGUUAAUCUUUUUAUUGCUCUCCAAGGCAUACACCACGCGGGAAAUUAUAUGGCGACGGAGAUCAAGAAGAUACGGAAUCCAUUCUUCAAUCCGAGUUUUGUUUUUAAGAAAAUACUGGCGAAUAAUUCUCAGGAAUCCGACAAUCCAAAGUUAGAUUUGCACUUGGCUGAACACUUACAUCCGACCCUUAAGCCUGGGUCUGAUAAUUUGGAGUAUUGCGUCAAAAGAAUGAGAUUCGUUUGUGAAACUAUGUUAGCGAGACAUGGUCUAGAAGUGGCUACGGCUUAUACAGAAUUAUCCAGACUGGCAGAAGCGGCAACAGAAAUAUUAGCAAUGACAGCUGUGCUUGGCAGGGCUUCUAGGUCAUAUUGCAUAGGCGUAAGAAAUGCAGAGACAGAAAUGAAGCUAGCGGCAUGUUUCGUGGAAGCGAGCAAAGACAGGACGAGAAAGUUGUUAAAUGACAUCGUAGAUGGGGAAUAUUUAAAUUUAGACCAUUUUAAAGUGCAAUUCGGCAAGAAAAUGGUAGAAACCACGGAUAUUGUGGUAGAAAGACCCACGGCUAGGGUGUUUUGGUAGAUUUUGGUAGUAAAGAGGGGGGGAUAUAAAAAUGGGGGGUUCAAAAUAUUGUAUUUCGAAAGAGAUUUUCAGUUAAAAAUAUAGUUUUUUUUAUUUAUUAGUAAUAAAAGGUUCGAAGCAUAUACUUAGGUAUAUCAUGAUAAAAUACGACAUGUGUCACUC